AGCGGGGAAACAGCAGCGGGCGGUGCUGGCGGAUGGAGGCCGAGGACCGGCUGCAGCUCUUCACCAUGGAGAACCGGCCGCUCGCCACCUGUGCAGGAGAUCAGGCUCUCUUCUCAUCCGUCUACUCCAUCUUGGUGCAGCAGCUUCCACGAGAGCCCAUGGAGUGGAGAAGACGAGCGCAGGACACGGAGGUUUACAAGGCGACGGCGAAGGACGAGAUAACAAAAUGGCAGAACAUUCUGAAGGCGUACAGCAGCGUGGACUGGCUGAUCGUGGUGGUGGAGAGCGACGCAAAGAAAAAGAACAAAACCAACAUCCUGCCCAGGACAUCCAUCGUGGACAAAAUCAGGAACGACUUCUGCAACAAACAGAGCGACAGGUGCGUGGUCCUCUCCGAUCCCCUGAAGGAUUCGGCCCGCACGCAGGAGUCGUGGAACACCUUCUUUGCCAAGCUGCGGACUCUGCUGCUGAUGUCCUUCACCAAGAACCUGGGCAAGUUUGAGGAUGACAUGAGGACAAUGAGAGAGAAGAGGACGGAGGCCGGCUGGAGUUUCUCUGCCUACUUCAUGGUUCAGGAGGAGUUGGCGUUUGUGUUUGAGAUGUUGCAACAGUACGAGGACGCUCUGGUCCAGUACGACGAGCUGGAUGCUCUCUUCACCCAGUACAUCGUCAACUACGGGGCCGGCGAUGGAGCCAACUGGCUGACGUCGUUCUGCCAGCCGGUGCGGAGCUGGAACGGGCUGGUUCUCCGCAAGCCGAUCGACAUGGACAAGAGGGAGCUGAUCCAGAGGAACCAGGCCACGCUGCUGGACCUGCGCAGCUACCUCUUCUCCCGCCAGUGUACGCUGCUCGUCCUGCUGCAGCGGCCCUGGGAGGUGGCGCAGCGCGCCCUGCAACUGCUGCACAACUGCGUGCAGGAGCUGAAGCUGCUGGAGGUAUCUGUGCCAGUGGGGGCCCUGGAUUGCUGGGUUUUCCUCAGCUGCCUGGAGGUGCUGCAGAGGAUAGAGGGCUGCUGUGAGCGAGCUCAGCUGGACAGCAACUGCGGGCACACGGUGGGACUCUGGGCCUACGCCACCGAGAAGGUACUGCCGCCACGCGUGUGGCACAUUUGGAUCCGUGUGUCUCAGUUCAGUUUUGUUAAUGUCACGUGUACCGAGGUACCCAACAGCCCCCAGAGUCCGUACAAGACCCUGAACGAAGCGCUGUCGUCUGUGGAAGCCUUUGAGAAGCAUUACUUGGAGCUAUCGUACAUGGCGAUGGAGAUGUACAAGACCAUCGGGCGAGUGCGUUCGGCUCAGCUGUUGGGGAAGGAGCUGGCUGACUUCUACAUGCGGAAAGGUGAGCCGGAGAAGGCGGAGAGCUACCUGCAGGAGGCGCUGAGGACCUACCUGUCGGAGGGCUGGGCUCUCCUCAUUGCCCACACCAGGAAGCAGCUGGCUGAGUGUCAGAAACGCCUGCAGCAGACCCAGAACUACCUCCAGACCAGCAGCCUGCUGGCAUCUGACCGGUGCCUGGAGGAGACCGAGCGCACACACUACUGCCAGGAGAUCCUGAAGAUGGCCACAAUGCCCCACGCACAACAGGAGGAGCGUGUGCCCCUGGGCAUGGAGGGCUUUGCCAGGCUGCGGAGGCUGCGGUUGGAGCCGGCCGGAGCGGUGGUUCACAUGGGUGGCAUGCUGGACAUGGAGCUGACCAUUCACAGCCUGAUGCCCGUGGCCGUACCCCUUGACCAGCUCUCCCUGCACCUGCACCUGUCCCCGGCCAAGGGGGCUGGGAGGGGGGGUGAGGGGGCGGCGAGGGCAGGGACAGCCACUGGCACGGUGGUGUUCCCCAGCGCGGGCAGCGGGCGGGGCGGUGGGCAGACGGGCGUGGAGUUGUACGAGCUGCACGAUCGCAGCCCCUCCGACAACAGCCUGACCUCCAGCAGCAUCGUCUGCAAGAACAUGCACCUGCUGCUGCGCCGGCAGGAGAGCUGCGGCUCCAUCGAGCGCUCCACUGCACCGCUGCCCGAGGACAACGCCCGCUCCCUGCACGUCGCUGCAUUGGUGCUGCAGCCCGGAGACAACAACAUCACCUUCACCGCACAGGCCAAGGAGGCGGGCACCUACACCCUGCGCCAGCUGUGUGCCACCGUGGGCCGGAUCCAAUUCACCCUCCCACACAUCUACCCCAUCGUCCAGUAUGAUGUUUACUCUCAGGAGCCUCAGCUGAAGGUGGAGCCACUGACCGAGAGUCUGCUGGCGGGCAUCUCGCAGAGGGUGAGGUUCACCGUCCACACGGGGCACUACGCGGUGAAGAGUGGCGACGCACUACAGCUCAGCAUCACCGACACCUUGCCCAUCCUACACGCCGCUAGCAGCACGGCCACAGUGGCCACCAACGGCGGGGACCGAGUGUCGGAGUCUCCGCUGACCAUCCAGUCGUCGGGGAAGGUGACGAGUAUCUCCCUGCCCACGGCCCCAGACUACCACAUCAUCGAGUUUGACCUCCACGUGAUCUGCCACUUGCCGUCCACACUGCCCACCGCCCCAGACUCGGACCGGCCCAGCGCUGAGGUGAAGCCAGCCCGCAAAGGCCCCGAGAAAGCCAGGCCCGAGCUCCCCUGUAUGACUUCCAUCGACCAGAAGAUUUCCAUCGACUGUCCCUGGUCCAUUUACUCCACGCUCAUCUCCCUCACCUUCAAUAUACCGUUCAGCGCCAGCCACACGCUGCUCUCCACCGGCACAAGGAAGUAUCUCCAGGUGUGCGUGCAAAACUUGUCGGAGGUGGGCUUCCUGCUGUUUGAUGCUGCGCUGGUCGACAUCACUGGCACCUCGCCACUCACCUUUGUGUCAUUGAACCCACCUGGGCAACAGCGUGUGCAGAGCUGCCAGUUGAGUUACUUUGUGUGGGAGUUGUUGCCGGGGCCGUUGCCGGGGCCGUUGCCGGGGCGGGGGCUGCUGGCCGAGUUCCGUGUGUCCUUCAGCCCGUUGACCGGCCCCUCGUCCAGCCAAGACCAGCGACCUACCCGGCCCUUCACUUACCAGCUGGGGCUCGACACCUUCUGUACGCUGUACGGGGUGAGGGCGGACAUCUCGCCGCCCCUGGGGGUGGGGAUGUGUAAGAUGGGGACCUUGUGCAGCCUGGAGGUUUCCAUCGUGCGGCUGUCUGACCUCACCGACAGUGACCAGGAUGAGGCGCUGUCCCAGAGCGAUGGCCUGUGUACCACCCGCCUCAUGUAUGAGGUUGUGGACAACAGCAGUAACUGGGCGGUGUGCGGCAAGAGUUCGGGGGUGAUCUCCAUGCCCGUGUCUGCCAGCGCCACCCACAAGGUUCACAUGGAGGUCAUGCCCCUGUUUGCCGGCUUCCUGCCCUUCCCCGACAUCACACUCCACAAAUACCUCCCCUUCCAGGCCUGCCCCUCGGGCCAGACAGAGGCGGUUGCGGACAGCUGGCUGGAGAACGACGUGCUGGCCUUGGAUCGAGGCGGGGAGGAGCAGCAGGAGGGGGGCAGCGUGAGGAGUCGGGGCAGCACCCAGUCGGGGGGGAGUGGGGAGCACAAGCCCCCGGCCCUGCCCCUGCCCCGGCUCCUGCCCUUCUGCAGCGGCCAGGUGUACAACGGCAGCGCCCGUCGCCAGGUGCUCGUGCUGCCCACGCAGGAUGACCACGUGCUGGAGGUCAGCGUCACGUGACCACACGCGUGUUG